AUGAAGAGACAAACAGACGACCAAGACCCAUACCAACACGAGAGUUCAUCUCCACAACAACAACAAUACCAACAACAACAGCAACAACAACAUCACCAACAACAACAACCACAACAGUCAUUUGAUCAACAUGAACAAGGAAUAGUUAUUAAGAAGAGUAAAGUCAAACACUAUACAGGUAGUGAUCCAUCAUCAUCUUCAUCCUCGACCGCUACCAAUUUGGUCACUUCAAGCAAUAUUACUAAUUUGUCAAGUGAUGGAGACUAUGAUAAUAAUAAUGGUAAUAGUACCCCCAAUAGUAGCCAAAUGGCAGUGAUGAUGGGCCAAUCUGGUGGGAAUAUGGCCAUGGACAUGUCUGACGAGAGUGGCAGCAGCGGUGAUGACAGUGGACCACCAACCACUAAAAAGAAGAGUAUAUUUGACAAAAUCCCACCACGUUGGAAAAAGAAGCCAGGUCCAAAUCCAACUCCAACCAAACACUCCUCCUCCUCCUCGUCAUCAUCAUCUCAACCAACCUCUCCACCCCAACAAUCACAUCACCAUCAUAUUACCUCGUCGCCAUCGACAUCGUCCAACUCGAUAUCCUUGUCGACCAAGUUACCACCACACCACAACAACAAUCCAGUUGGUUCUGGCGGUGCACCACCAGGUACUCCUCCAUCAUCCCAUGGAGGAUCACAACAACAACAACAACAUAUGAAUAAUACAAAUAGUCCUCCCAAACCACCCUCAACGCAUCAUAUAAUGCCAACUUCAGUCAGAGUAGGAGGAAAUCAAAAUCAAAAUAGUCAAUCAUCUUCCCGCGGUCCAAUUAGUCCAGAUACUUAUACUCCACAUUCUUCAUCUUCAUCAUCAUAUGCCAGAACACCUUUUUCCAAUUUUGAAUCAACUCCAAAUACUCCAUCAUCAUCCUCCUCUGUAUCAUCUCCAAUUACCAUUAAUAAUAACAAUAAUAAUAAUAAUAAUUCAUCAUCACAAUCUACAUCACCAAAUACUACCCGAAUAUCUUCAUCAUUAUCUUCAAAACAACCAACAAUAUCAUCAUCGAAUCAAUCCAGUCAACCAUCCACCCCAUCUCCACCAACUCAAUCUCAAUCAUCAAAACAUCAACAACACCAACAACAAACGCCACAAUCUCCAUCACCACAUGUUUAUAAGAAUCAACCAUCCACUCCUCAACAACCUCCACCACAACAACAACCUCAACAACCACCUCCACCACCUCAACAACAAGUUGCAAAUAUGGUAUUACCAUCAAUUCCACCAACAUUACAUCCAGAUAAUUUCAAUUUAUCAAUGUUGUUUGAGAAUCAUGGAAAUAUAGUUAAUAAUGAGAGUAUGCUCUACUUUGAGAUUAACGAUCUUAUUGAUGUGCAUACACUCAUCUCUACCAUGCAAGAAGAGGCCAAUAUUGAUUAUUUCCAACAACUCUUUUACACUACACUCCAAGCUUUCACAAUCCACGGUGACCCUACCCUGACCGUUCUCUGGGAGAUGCUCCCCUUUCACCUCCGUGUCAUUGUCCUCUCUCUCCUCAAAAACACGCAGAGCAAUGACAAUACAUUUUUUUCCUACACUGUCUACCAAUACAAUGACAACCGUCCACAAACGACUCGUCUCAGUUUUGGUCCACAAUCAACCACUCAGGCCGCCAUCAAACUUAAAAGAAGAUUAUUAGGUUUUUUACUAAGAUGA